UUAGAAAACCGUAAUUUAAUUUCGACCAUUUUAUGUUGGGGAAUGUUGAGCAUAACAUUUUAUCUGAUAGUAAAUUGAUAACACUUAAAUUACCAAUUAUAGUACGUUGUAUCCGUCCUUUUAAGGCGCAAUAUUCCUUUCCCUUGUCGGUUUUUGUUUACAUUCACGUAUACCACGGCUUCCUGCCAUUCGCGUAAUUGCGGCUUUCCAAGUUCGACUCAGUCACUCUAUACUAUACGUAUAUAUGCGGCUUCAGAGCGCCUGUUGAGCAUUUACGAAUAUUAUUUUUCGAAUUUUACGAUUUCACUACUGAUCGUAAAAAAUUAAAUAUGUCACGUGUACGAUUAUAAGCUUCUUGAGAUUUUAUGAAUGUUUAUUUUUGAUUAGAUAUAAGUAGAGGUGCGAGUGCCGUGUAUGUACGAUCAAUCAUCAAAUGCAAUGAGUAAAUCACGCGUGAAAAUGGAUAAUCCUAACCUCCAAUAUCAUUGAAUUUGUGUUUGAUGCCAGUUCUGCAGACGUCGACGACAUAUGCUACGGUCUCGGAAUGGUUUUAUUAGAGAAUGACGCGUUUUUAGUGGAGCUUAACAAACUCUUUGAAAAAUCACGAGUUGCAGGCUCAGUGUCACUUACAAUUAAACGAUUCAAUGGACACAACAAACCAGAACCAAGGGAGGGUAGAGCACCUCUGCCACCAUCAACCGAGUACCUUUGUUUAGUACGGGCUAUACAUAAGUCAAAGAAACUCUCAACAAUUAUACAUUCUAAGGAUGUAAAUAAAUUUCAGCAAGCAUAUUGGAAUCUGCUGAAAACAAACAUAAAUGGACUUAAAAAAUUGAAAAAAGUUAAAUCAGCAAAACCUAAAGCACAUUGACAGUUUAAAUCUAAAUGUUUUAUUUUCAAUAUCUGAGGAAUCCUCUGUACAAAACGUUUGUUCUGUACAAUUUUGAUUGACCCAAUUUUAAUGGGUAAUUAUUACAUAGAAUAUAUAUCUUACUUUUUUUCAGAAAAGUACAUUUCUAUGAAAGUAUAAAAAAGAACAAUGUAGUUGUCAAUUUAUAUAUUUAUUUAGCUUGAUUUUUUACACCAUUUAUUUUUCAUCAAACUCCAUGUAGCCAAAAUAGGGACAAAUUGAAGUCCAUGGAUAAUUCAUAUUAUCCCCUGUUACCAAACAUUGAUUAGCACAACUCAAAAGAACUUCGCCCUAUUUAAUUGUAAAAAAUCAUUUGUUAAUCAAUCCAAAAUAUAAAAAUGUCGUUUUUAUAUAAAUAAAAGUUUAUAUACCUUAAAACAG